AUGGAACCACCAAGAGGUAAUAAACGAAACUCACCACCACCACCGAACUGGGCACCACCACCACCAUCAAAUUGGGUACCACCACCAAAUCAUCAUCAAGCACCACCACCACCGAAUUGGGCACCACCACCGAAUCGGUACUAUACACCACCACCACCAUCGGCUCACUACUCCCAGACACACCAAAAACAAUACUAUACACCACAACCUGCUAGUCCAGCCUACGACUACAACAUGGCUCCUUCGCCUCACGUCGAACCACACCACUUUGAACUUGCACAAUCGAGCGAGUUUCCUGUUUUUGAAGAUCUCUCCACUGACGACGUUGUAUCUGAAACACCAACUCCAACUCCAACCGCAACUCCAACCGAAGUGGCCGAAGAAGAAGAAGACGAUGAGGUUCAAGAAUGUGAUGCUCGUGGGAAGAAAAAGUUUGCCGGGAAGAAGCCGCGUGAACUAUAG